AUGUCUUCUUCCUCAUUUCCAUCUGUGGUGACAUCUGUGGAGGCGUAUGUGAAGACGCUGCUGCACUGUCAGAAGUAUCCCACACAAACCGUCUCUGGCUUUCUCAUUGGGAAGCGCAUUACAGAUAGCAGCAACAACACCAGCACUACUAACAAUAACAGCAACAGUGUAAGCAAUAAUAAUAAUAAUAAUAUUAAUAAUAAUAAUAAUAAUAAUAAUAAUAACAGCAGCAAUAAUAUAAGUACUAAUAAUAUUAACAGCAGUAGCAAUGAUGCUGCUGCCCCUGCUACCGACAGUGUCUUUGUUGUGGAUGCCGUCCCGCUAUUCCACACGAUUGCAAUGACGAACCCACAUCCGAUGUUUGAUGUCGCCUACGCGCAGGUCUCCAGUUACGCCCGCACCAAGGGACUCGUGCUGCUGGGUUAUUAUAUUGCCAACGAACUCCCCGGCGACAGUCGUCUCUCGCCACUCACAGAGAAGAUUCUCCGCACGCUGCAGGAGAAGGUCUCUGUGGGCCACUACCCGCUCCUCUGGACAAUUGUCGGCUCACACCCCACCGCAGGCGUGGAUGUGCGGGUCUCGUACUACGCAAAGGGCAGCGAACACGCACCGGCGUCGAUGUUAACAUUUGGGCGGUGGAACUCCGACACACUUUCAUGCGAGGCAACAGAGAGUUCAACGGCAGCACUGGAAGUGUUUGGAAAUGCCAUGGAUGCCUUUAAACAGUUUCAACUGAUUGACUUUGAGGAUCAUCUGGAGAAUGUGCAGCUGAACUACUUGGAACAGGCGGUGCCAGUGUAG